AUGUCAUCAUUAAAACAACUUAAAGAACAAUUUGUAUCAGAUUUAACUGGUGGAUCAAUUGAAGAAAUUUAUUUAGUAACAUCAAUUGCACUAACUUCAUAUUUAUCAUAUAAACUUAUUAAAGAUAAUAUUAAUCUGUUGCCAAUUGUAUAUGAUUAUGUAAUAAAUGUUUUAACUAUAUUAAUUUCAAUUACAAUUUACAGUAAUAAUCCAACAACAUUACAUUAUUCAAUAUUUAUACCAUGUUUUUCAAUAUUUUUAUUAAAUCAUUAUACUUCAACAACAAUUGGAAGAGCCCAUACCACCAAUCAACAAAUUGAAUUAUUACCGAGAAAACAAUUUCUUACAGCAUAUAGAUCUCAUAUGUUAAUUAUAACAAAUUUAGCUAUAUUAGCAGUUGACUUUAAGAUUUUUCCAAGAAGAUUUGCAAAAGUUGAGACUUGGGGUACUUCAAUGAUGGAUUUAGGUGUUGGAUCUUUUGUAUUUUCAAUGGGGUUAGUUAAUUCAAGACAAAUUAUUAAAAAUCAAGUUAAAUUGAAAAGUUACAAAUUUAGUUUGGGGACUUGGAUCAAUACAAUUACUCAGAAUACUAUAAAGGCAUUACCUAUUUUGAUAUUAGGAAUUAUUAGAUUUGUUAGUGUUAAAAAAUUGGAGUAUCAAGAACAUGUUACAGAGUAUGGUAUUCAUUGGAAUUUUUUUAUAACUUUAGGUUUAUUACCGAUAUUAUUAGGUAUAUUAGAUCCUAUAUUGAAUUUAGUACCAAGAGUAUUUGUGGCAUUCGGUUUACUAGUACUAAACGAAUUAAUUUUACAAAAAACAAAUGUUUUAGAGAUUAUAUUGUCAGAAGACAAUAGAUUGACAAAUUUUAUUACCAUGAAUAAAGAAGGUAUUUACUCAUUUUUAGGAUAUUUCACAAUCUUUGUUUUUGGUCAAUCAUUUGGAUCAUUUGUAUUAACUAGUUAUCCAACUAAUGACAAUUUGAUUGCGUUUAACAAUAAGAAAGUAAAUAAAAAAUCAUCAUUAUCUUCAUUAUUGUCAGUCACAACUACCAAGGGUUUAGUAUUAUCUACAAUUUUUUAUCAAAUUGUAUUCAACAUUGUAAAUAACUCAUCAAUUACUACCUCAAUUUCAAGAAGAAUUGCAAAUCCAUCAUAUGUUUUAUGGGUAGUAUCAUAUAAUGCAACUUUAUUACUAGGUUAUAAUUUAAUCGACAAACUCUUACCAGAAUCCAGGAGAGGAUUCACGUCAAUUUUAUUAGAAAGUAUAAACAAUAAUGGUUUAGCUAUUUUUUUGUUAUCAAAUUUAUUAACAGGAUUAACAAAUAUGAGUAUUAAUACAUUGGAGAGAUCAAAUACCGAAUCAUUAUUUAUAUUAAUCGGAUACAGUAUUACUUGGUGCUCAAUUGCAUAUUUAUUAAAUAGAUACAAGAUUUAUAUAAAGUUGUAA